ACAAAUUGUUAAAAUAAAAAAUAGUAUGCUGUUUCUAGAUUUUAGCCAUGUGAAAUAAAACCAUUGCAUAUCGAGAUGUAAUUAAUGCCUUUUUAGACCGCAUUAUAUUGUUUAAAUACAAUGAAAUGAAAGCGAAAGUAGCUGUUAAUGUUAUCUCCCUUUUCAUAAACGUAACUUCCGCUGUCAAUGUAAACUAUCUUCUGCUCGUUAUUUUGCCCACCGUGAAAUGUGUUCGUAAUGUCAUCAUGAGUCAAAGCAGCGUGUUGUCGAGUGCCAGUACGAUCCCCCCGUCAAUUAUAGACCAGGACGACAACGAUUUUAACGACGAACUGUCGCAUGUGAAUGAUUUGUUUUUCGGAAAUGUGGAAUUAAAUGUCGGCGCCGAGUGCUCAGCGGUAACUAGUGGUUCUGAUGAAAGUGACUGUGAUAGUGAAGAUGUGUGUAAUGAUCUGAAUAACAACGAUGAUAAUGACUUUGAAAUUUCUGAUUCUGACAAAAGAGAGGCGCAGUGUGUGCAUGAUUUUUAUGAAAACACUUGUGGAUGCAGCAGACUCUAUGGUAAGCCAUGUAGCUCCAUUGUUGACAGAAAUGUGCUCAAUGAUUACAGAAACGUGUGUUUAGAGACAGACAAAUCUGAACUAGAUAUGCUGAUAAAGGUGCAGCUCUUCCAUCAUAGAAAUAAUUCUUCAGAAACAUCUGCCAAGAAACACAAGACAAAGGAAAGAGAAAGGGUGAGACAAGUUUAUCAUUUUAGUGGAAUCCAGGUGUGUAGAGAGACAUUUGCUUUCGCCCAUGGGAUAAGUAGGAAAACCAUUGAUUCCAUUGCUAGAUUCCUUGAUCAAGAUGGGUUUGGUGCUAGAGUUCAUGGCAACAAAGGUAAAUCCCCUACACAUGCCUUAACAAUGGAGGAUGUGAAGAGAGUCAAACAGUUUCUUCUCAGUUAUGCCAACAAAUAUGGACUUCCCCUACCUGGCAGGCUACCAAAUUUCAGAAAUGAGAAAACUAUUUUACUGCCCUCUGACAAAACCAAAGCAGAAGUUCACCAGGAAUAUUUGACACUUGCUGAUGAGAUGUCAUUGAGAAAGAUAUGCUUAUCUCAAUUCAAAACAGUAUGGCUUGAGCAGUGCCCUCAUAUUUUGAUCAUGAAGCCUGCCACAGACCUCUGUCACACCUGCCAGUCCUUUUUGUCAACUCUUUCAUGCAGCGGCAAUUUGAACGAAGAUGAAAAAGAGGAUAUUCUAUCAAAAUAUCAAGAGCAUGUUGGACAUGUCAAAGAACAGAGGAACCAUUACAGGGAUCAGUGUGCUGCGGCCAAAUCAACAUUUGUCCAACUCACCCCAGAGCAAAAAAUAAGAGGCACCCAGAUAUUUUAUCUUGUGGAUGAAGCUCAGCACUCAAAUAAAGGCGCAAACACUGUGACCAGUAUGCUGCAUCACCAUUUCAUGUACCAUGGUCUUGGUGAAACAGAUGUCAAGCUUCACAUGGAUAAUUGCAGCAGGCAAAACAAGAAUAACACAGUCAUCGGAUAUGGUAUGUGGAGAGUAAUGACUGGUCUCCAUGAGUCAGUGGAAUUUUCAAUGAUGGAAGCUGGCCACACCAAGUUUAACCCAGAUUGGCAUUUUGGGUUAUGGAAUGUUAAAUGGAGGCACUCGAAUGUUGAAACCUUAGCGGAGAUUGCUGCCAGCGUUUUGAAAUCCUCCAGGAAUGGCCACAAUGUCCCGCAGUUGGUGGAUGAUCCUGUUGCUCCUCUCUUCUUUUAUGACUGGGCAACCUUCUUCAAGAGGAUCUUUAAACCAAUACCCAGUUAAAAGUCAUAUCAUCAUUUUAGAAUGGACAAAGAUCAUCCUGGUAUUGUGUUUGUAAGGGAGUACGCAACAAGUCAGGAAGUGGCAGUCAACAUCCUCAAACCUGGUGCAGCAGUUGACCCUACUGUUCUUCCAUUAGUGAUUCCUCCAUCAGGGCUUGAUGCACAAAGACAGUGGUACCUAUUCAAUGAAGUUGCUCCCUAUUGUGUCAACAAGGAAAGCUGUCCAAAGCCAACCAUGCCAAAACCUCUCGUCAAGAUAGACUCACCGUCACUGGCCAGGAAAUGCAGCAAAUGUAAACUGACUGGACACAAUAAAACAACAUGUAGAAUAUAAACUAAGUUAUAUCUAUCCAUUUAAAAUGUGAUGAUACUUCAAUGUUCACUUAAAUAUUGUAUUUGUUCAACUUCUUUUCAUAUUUCUUCAAUAUUGAUUGAUGAUUGGAUGAAUGAAUGGAAGGAUGAAAAUGAAGGAAUGAAUGAAUGAUUGAUUGAAUGCAUAAAUGAUUGUUUUAAUUGAUUAAUUGAUUAAAACAUGAUAUUCAAUUGUUACAAAGUUUCAUAUCUUGAUUUAGUUUUAAAAGUGGUUUAAUUUUUUUAAACACAAAUUACUUUUUCCAUUGAUAAUCAUUUUACUAUGAUCAGU